UAUAAUUGAAUUUUAUAUAUAAUAUGAUUUUCUUCGAGUUGAUAUUCUAUUCUUGGCUCGUUUCUUCAAGCCAAUUCUCAUUCAAUAUAUUCCAACUUUUUUUUUCCUUUCUCAAAUACCAGCUUUCCUUGACACGCAAGCAAAUCUUCACAAUGGCUGAUACCUUACCGGCAGCCAUACAGGACCCGAACAACUGCCAGAAGAGCCCUCUACCUGGCAUUGGUUACUCGUAUGGUUAUCAGCCAAGCCUGGCAGCUGGCAUUACUUUCUGUGCUUUAUUCGGCAUCGCGUUUUUCGGACAUUUGUUACAGCUAAUUCGCCUAAGACGAUGGACGUCCGCCCUACUCGCCAUCGGCGCUCUAACUGAGUUGAUCGGAUGGAGUGGACGAACUUGGUCUGCAGAGUGUCCUUAUAACCGAAAUGCUUUCUUCAUGCAAAUCACCACACUCAUCAUCGGACCGGUCUUCUUUACGGGUGCUCUAUAUAUGUUACUAGGCGCAUUCAUCAACAGCCUAGGUCGCCAAUACAGCCUAAUGUCCCCGAGAAUGUACAAUAUCAUAUUCAUGACAUGCGACCUAAUUUCCCUCGUUGUUCAGGCCGUCGGUGGAGCUUUAGCUGCGAGUGCAAACACGGACGACGACAUGAAAUUAGGAACCAAUAUCAUGGUUGCGGGUGUUUUCUUCCAACUUGCAGCUAUGAUUGUGUUUACCCUACUCACAAUGGAUUUCCUCCGAAAGUCAUCCAAGUUCGGUAUACCACAAGAAUACAACAAAAUCAUCAUGGCUUUGGUGAUUUCCCUCCUAGCUAUCUUUGCUCGUAAUAUUUUCAGGACUGUCGAGCUUCUUGAGGGAUGGCGCGGAUAUCUAAUAACGCAUGAGGUAUACUUUAUUGCUUUAGACGGAGCUCUGAUGGUUUUGGCUGUUGGUAUAUUCUUGCCAUUUGAUCCGGCACGGACGAUCCCCAAGGCGUACCAAGUCGCAAAGGAACCUGGUGAACUAAGCGAAUUCAGCGCGGGGGUUUAAUUUAUACAUCGGCUUUCUUAAUGGGGUACUUUAGAGGUAGAAACUGGUGGGUCAUAUAAUUGGCGUUCUAGGGAAUGGUUACGUUAUGAACUUAGUAUAAGCGCACGGGAGUCGGGAUUUUGGUUGUUAAAGAAAUAGUCGAUGUUGAAUAGGAUUAAUAGAUCGAACAUACGUCAGAUCUUAAUGUUUUCGAA